CAGAAAGUGCUAAGGAGCUGAAAUAAGUCGAGGUCCACAGCUCCCAUGUGGGUGGGUGCUCGCUUUAUAUUUUACAGACAAUGUCCCUUUAAAAAGCCCCACGUCUGGAAAGCCCAUUAGAUGUGCAUAUAAAAUUUCCCCCGUGAUUAAUAGUUGAUGAAGCAGGGUUGUUUGGAGGGUACUACCAACAUGUGGCCGGCAGGGCUCCUCCUCUGCAAUCUCACGUUACACUCCAUAAACUUGCCACUCUUUCCCACCUAUACGUUUAAAAAGGAGGAGGGCUCACUUGUCAAGAAUGCCUUAGAAGAGUUGUGAAAACAGCCAGCCCGAGAAGGGGAGUCAUGCAGUUGCGGAUGCAGCUCUCCUGCCGAGCCACAAACCACUCAGAUCAGUCAGGGAGAGAGAGUGUGUGUGUGUGAGUGCAGGACCAGGGGAGAAAGUGUGUGAGAGUGUGUCAGGAAUCAGAGUGCUCCAAAGGACGUCACACAUGCUCCCAGAGAGAGAGGGAAACACGUUGUCACAGGAAGGCGUCUAUCCUCACGCGUUCUGGACUGUGGAAGAGUCAACAGCCUCUGACAGCAGUGAGUAUUCCAGCGGUGGAUGCAGUGAAACGAUGAUGUGCAUUUAGUCAGCUGGACUGGAUAUUUCUCAGAAGUGAUACAGAUUUCAAGACCUAACUUACUUUCUAAAGGGGGGGCUUUAAAAUUCCUCACCACGAAAAGACUUGUAAUAAGACAUUAUUGAAGAGUGUGUGAAGUGUUUCUGCAUCACCAUGGAUCAGCCAGCCAGCAGCUGCAUGCGGAGCGCCCACCCCAGCAGUCCCAUCUGGGGCUGCAUGAGGAAUCCACACUCAGGGGUCCCGGGAGCAAACCUCCAGUCGCCCUACCAGCAAGGCCCUUUCUCCCUUCACCAGAAGCCCGAGUUCCUGGCCUACACAGACUUCUCCAGCUCCUGCCUGGUGCCGACCGCGCCGCACGCAGCCUACCCCCGAGACGACAGACUCUACCAAGAGAGCCAGGGGGGUUACCAGAGAGCUGACUGGCAGUUCAACCCCUGUGAGACAAGGGUGAGAGCACCCGAGGCCUGCGCGCCUGUCGUCGCACCCGCAGUAGUAGGUGGCGGCGGGAGUGGAGGGCCUGAGCUGGACAGUGUAGGGGGAGAAAGGCUGCCAGGUACCGUGCCCGGGUGCCUGGAGGGAGAAUACUCACCCCAAAGCGUGGCGUCGGCCGACUCAGACAAGAAGAGCUCCAAUAAGAGGAAGAGAGAUGUCACAGAUAUCCAGGAGUCCAGUUUUAAGGUGGACUCCAGCUGCAAGGCCCGGAAAGAGCGCACGGCGUUCACCAAGGAGCAGCUGAGGGAGCUGGAAGCCGAGUUCACCCACCACAACUACCUGACCAGGCUCCGCCGCUACGAGAUCGCCGUCAACCUGGACCUCACAGAGAGACAGGUGAAAGUGUGGUUCCAGAACCGGAGGAUGAAGUGGAAGAGGGUGAAAGGAGGACAGUCGGCUUCCCCGAACGACCUGGAAAAUGACGACAUAGACUCGGCUGCCUCGCCCAGCUCUGAAUGAACAAGGGGGAGGGGGUGGAGCAUAAUGAAAAGGAGAUGCUGAUCACCUGUAGCACACAGAAAGAGACUGGGGUCAACUGGACACUGAUGCAGCACAAUGCAACUUUUGCUCAUUUCUUUGGAAAGCUGCAAGAAUCAAAUAAUUCUAGAGACUUUUUUUCAUUAUUCCCAAGAUGAAAUCACUGAGCAUCUCCUUUUUUGUUUUCUGUUGUAAAUAGUUGAUUUCUGUCCAUAAUGAACUGCAUUUUGAUACACUAUUGAUAAGUACUAAAUACUGUUUUUAGAGGCCACCUCUUGUUGCAGAGAUGAUACUUGCGCUCGUUGUACAGUCAUACAGUGGCUUUAAGGCCAGUGAUGACUUAUCAGACCGUGAUGUGAUUGUGUUUGAGGGUAUCCCCUUUGGUUCCAAUAUUGUAAUCACGGCCUUUGACGCUUGACUACAACCACCUGGGAAAACUCAGACUGCACAAGUGUUGCCAAGCCAUAAGUGCCUCUGAAUCAGAUGUUGUUUUUUUUCAUUUUGUUAGUUUCUUCACCUAGAAUAUAGUUUUUUUUCUGUCAAACAUUUUUUACUAUUCUUUUUUUAUACAUUUUGAAUAUUAUUGAUAAAACACAGAUGUUGCCUGUUUCUGCAAAUAGAAUAAAUCAUCUGCUGCAAAA